GAAAAUAAAUUGAAGGCCUUUGAAAUAGGCAGCAUGAAUAUUGGUAAAAAGAAGACAUUAUCAAAGAAGGAAUUAGAAGACUUAAAGAAAAAGGAGGAUGAAGCUGCAGCAGCUCAAGUAUAUGAAGAAUUUGUGGAAUCAUUUGAAGAUAAUACUAAAGGAAAAUUGCAAAGAACAUGGGUGAAAGGAGAAGUUGUAAAUCCAGGAAAAAAAGUGACUAAACCAGAUGAAAAGAGUAGAUUAUAUAAACCAUCUUCUAAACUAUCUCAAGCUAUAUUAAACAGUACUAGUAGCACUAAGAAAGAUCCGAAACUUACAGAUGAUAAUUAUAAGCAAUCGUCAUUUAAAAAGAAGAAAACUGAAGAAAAAAAGAAGAGUAAUUUAGAAUUAUUUAAAGAAGAGCUGAAACAAAUCCAAAUCCAAAGGCAGGAAAGACACAAGAUAAAGAAAGGUUUAAAGAAUGAAGAAGAUAUUUUUGCUGAGGAAAUUGAUACUCCUCCUAGUAAGGUUUCUAGAUUUGAACCUGAAGAAACAGCAAGAUUGUUAGGAUGUAGUGAUAUGUUAGAUGCUCUUGGUCCAUUAGAAACUGCUGAUGAAACCACCACAAAUUUAUAUGUUGGUAAUAUCAAUCCUAAAAUGUCAGAACCUCAACUAUGUGAAAUAUUUGGAAGAUAUGGACCUCUAGCUAGUGUUAAAAUAAUGUGGCCCCGUACUGAUGAAGAGAGAUCUAGAGGGAGAAAUUGUGGUUUUGUUGCUUACAUGAAUAGAAAAGAUGGUGAAAGGGCUUUAAAUGAAUUAUCAGGUCAAGAUUUCAGUGGAUUUGAAAUGAAGUUAGGGUGGGGAAAAGCAGUAUUAAUACCACCACACCCUGUGUACAUUCCACCUAGAUUAGCAGAACUGACCCAGCCACCACCAGCCUCAGGCUUACCAUUCAAUGCUCAACCAUUUAAAAGCCAAAAGUCCAAAUUUGCACCUCCAGAUUUUGAAGGCAACCAAAUUACUGAUGAUAUGCAGAAGACCUUAGCCAAUGCUGUAGUGAAAGUUGUUAUUCCGGCAGACAGAACCUUACUUGGCGUUAUACAUCGAAUGGUAGAAUUUGUGGUGCGUGAAGGACCAAUGUUUGAAGCUAUGAUAAUGAAUAGAGAAAUUAGUAAUCCAGUCUACAGAUUUUUGUUUGAUAAUCAAACACCGGCACAUAUAUAUUAUAGAUGGAAAAUGUUCUCCAUAUUACAGGGAGAUACACCUUAUCGAUGGUCGACUAAAGAAUUCCGUAUGUUUGAUGGUGGUUCAGUAUGGAGACCUCCACCAUUAAAUCCUUACACUCAGGGAAUGCCUGAUAAUCUUGUAGAAGAUAAGAAACCUGAAGUUAAAGCUGAACCUGAACCCCAGGAACAGAAAGGAUUAUUAACAGAUGGACAAAGGGACAGAUUAGAAGAUAUGUUACGUGAAUUAACACCAGAGAAAAAUAAAGUAGGAGAAGCUAUGGUAUGGUGUUUAGAUCAUGCUGACUCAGCUGAAGAAAUAGUGGAAUGUAUAGCAGAAUCAUUAUCUAUACUUCAAACACCAAUACCUAAAAAAAUAGCCCGUAUUUUCCUCAUGUCAGAUAUAUUAUUUAACAGUAGUGCUAAAGUACCAAAUGCCUCAUUCUUCCGUAAAUUCUUUCAAGGGAGAUUACCUGCUAUAUUUAAAGAUAUAAGAGAAACAUAUGAAAAUAUUGAAGGUCGUUUAAAGGCUGAACAAUUUAAGCAAAAAAUGAUGUUAUGUUUCCGAGCAUGGGAAGAUUGGGCAGUGUAUCCCAAUGACUUCUUAAUAAAAUUACAAAAUAUCUUCCUUGGACUAGUGCACAAGGAAGAGAAAGAAGAUUUAGAUGGUGCUCCAAUACAACAAGAAGAAGUAGUAGUAUCAGAAAUCGAUGGUAAACCAUUAGUUGAUGAUUAUGAUGGUGAACCAUUAAAGGAAGAUAUAGAUGGUGAACCAUGUAAGUAUUAUGUAGACAGCAAGACACCAAAUAAACCAGUAGCAGCUUUUGUACCUUCUAAAUGGGAGACUGUAGAUGAAGCAGAUUUAGAAGCACAAGCUAUGACAACAUCUAAAUGGGAUCAAUUAGAAGGUAGAAAUGAAGAAAUGGAAGAAGAACUAGAUGGGCAUCGAUCUCAAGCUAGUGAUAUCAGUGAUAGUGAUGAUGAUGCUCCUACACCAACACAUUCUAGUAAUUACAAUGCUAGACAAGAAAUGACUGAAGAAAGAAGAGCUAGAUUGAGAGAGAUUGAGUUAAAGGUAAUGAAAUACCAAGAUGAGUUAGAAGCUGGUAAAAGAUCAAGAAAACCACAUCUGUCAAUGAUUGAACAGAUGCAAGCCUAUCGUAAAAAAUUAUUAAGAAAGGUAGGUUUUAAUUAA